AUGUACUCUCCACAAAAACAUACAGAUAUUCCAAACUCCAGAACUUGGAAAAGAAAAAAGACAGAACAAGUAGAAUCGCAAUCCGAUGCUGACCCAGUCUGCUUAAUUCGUGCAAAGAUCGGAAAACGCAAAAUCAGCGCACAUGUCCCAAAUUCCAUCUCUGAAGAUUUCACAAAUGCUGUAAAUGACAUUUGUGAGCUCAUGGGUCACAAGGAAGAUAGUGAUCAAGUAUAA